GGAUAUUUGCUGCACUUUGAGCUACCAGACAACUCCCUCAUCAAGAAACUCAACAAACAUACAGUAGUAAAUUGUUGAGAUUUCACUAUCAAAUGUAAGAAGAGAUGCAAAAUCAAAUUGCUCUUUGCUCCCAUUUUUUGCCUUCUGUGCACGCCAGAAAUGCACAAAAAAGAUCAGUCUAUAUUGCGAGCAAACCCCGGUGCAGCAGCCUAAACCAGCAGGACAAAGUUAGACUUAAAACUUCUUGGCCUUUGAUAACUCUCUCCUUGUUUGGUUCAGGCUUUUUCUUGGGCCCCCUCAUCGACGGCCUCCAUUCCCGGGUUAACCUCGUGAAUUAUCAGAGUGGUUCAGUCCACAUUGGUCCUCUGCACACUAAUAUCUGGGUUCCUUUUCUACUGGGAUUGUUCUAUGCCACCAUUGGAAUAUUGCAACUCUACUUAGAUGAAAGAGCUUCCCCUAAUGCAGUCCCAGAAGGAAGCUUCAAGAAAACAGCUAUCUCACUAAUAUCACUGGUGCUAUUUAUUGAAUUGAGUGCUGAGAUGUAUAAAGGAGGUGUUCCAGCCAACAUUGAAGCCUAUGCAUUGUUUGCAGCAGCAGAAUUUGUAUGGUUUCUUGCUGAUAGGACAUGGUUCGGGUUUGCCCUUGCCUGUAUUGUAGGCCUUGCUUGCCCACUAGCUGAGAUACCACUGAUGAAAUUUUUCCAUUUAUGGUACUAUCCUCAAGCAAACGUACAUAUCUUCGGAGAGGGACUUGUGAGCUGGACUCUCACUUGCUAUUUCGUUUACACACCAUUCUUGAUCAAUCUUUCACGAUGGAUGAAAACGAUAUAUCGUGCUGAUGAUUCAAAGGACGAUACCUAAACAUCAACCAGCAUGUUGUACCCAAUGGAUGGCAAGAAAACACCACAAGAGUCAAGUAAUGUUGACAAAUUUUGUUGUACUGGAUGAAUGUAUCACCUUGUCAAACUCAGAAAUCAUCAAUUAUCAAUAUACAAAUUACUAUGUGGUGCUCCACACCACUAGUUUGAUGGCA